AGAGCAGUGUUUGCUCAGAGCUGCAGGAGUCCAGCCCUGAGUGGCUGCAGUGCUCAGGCAGAUCUGGGAGAGGCGCCUCCUCCUCACAUUGGAGCUCAGAUAGCUCUAUCCAGACACAUCUCCUCUGUCACACUGAAGCUCUGGCUGCACUCACAAGACCCAUGGACACAGCUCUGCUUUAGGUGAGACCUCACCUCACACCAGAGCCCUAACCCAUGGGUGAUCUAGGAGAGCUGCCCUCUCAUUGAGACUCAUACUGUUGACAGUGGAGAGCUGCCAUCCGUAAGGACUCCAGGUUCCAAGUCCCCAUUUCUUACCAGAUUCCGACCUGGAUGGACCUUCCUGAGGACACCUGGUCCGAUGUCAAGAGACUCAGUGUGGGGAGCUCUUUCUAUCCCAUCAAAGUCGAAGGAACUGACAGCUCGUCUUCAUCUCCAUCUUCCAGCUCUCAAGCUGGAGAACUGAGUUCCAACAAACCCCACCACCAGCCUCACACGGAAAGGAACCAACCUGUACAGGAGGGCAGGUCGUCCACCUCUGCCCACCACUUUGGGGUCACUCAUCUUUCCAGCUUGCCCGGUCCGGAAGAUAUUAUACUUUUUAGGGAUUUAGAUCACAUCAACAAACUGAUCCUACCCAACAGAGACUCCAGGUUUAGCGUUUUGCCUGAACCACAAGGGGAUAUGUACCAAACUUUGGCCAUCACUGCGGCUCAGGGACCGGUCAGCUACGAUGGAUCUCCAGGAAGUUUCAUGCACUCCGCUGCCAGUUCUCCAGUUUAUGUGCCCACCACCAGAGUUGGACCCAUGCUUACAAGCAUCUCCUAUAUUCAAGGGAGCGGACACUCCCAGGCCUCCCACUCUGUGAACAGUCACCCAGUGUGGUCCCAGGCAGCCUCGGAGAACUCAUCAUACAGCAGCAACAGUCCACACACGUCCAGCAGAUACCACUACUCUCCUAGUCCUCCCAUGGCCAAUGGAAGCAAUAGGGACUCUGGCUACAACAAUGCUAUCAACGUGAAUGGCAGAGAUCAAUACGCACCUCUUGCUAGAUCGCUCAGUGGAUCUUACCCUAACCCCUACACAUCUUACAUGACACCACCUCUGACUACAGCCUGGCCUGCUGGACCUUUUGACAACUCCAUGCUCCACAGUCUUCAAGGCAGAACAACACCUCUCCAGAUGAGAGGACAUCCUGGAGACGUGCUGGACGAGCUGCCGGAAAGCCGCGAGUGUGUGAACUGCGGCUCAGUGCAGACCCCGCUGUGGAGACGGGACGGGACCGGCCACUACCUGUGUAAUGCCUGCGGCCUGUACAGCAAGAUGAACGGCCUGAGCCGGCCCCUCAUCAAACCGCAGAAGAGAGUGCCUUCUUCAAGGAGGAUUGGGCUGUCUUGUGCCAACUGUCACACAUCAACUACGACAUUAUGGCGCAGGAAUACAGAGGGUGAGCCUGUAUGCAAUGCCUGUGGCCUGUACAUGAAGUUACAUGGGGUUCCUCGACCACUGGCUAUGAAGAAAGAAGGGAUCCAAACUAGAAAGCGAAAGCCAAAGAAUCUAAAUAAGUCAAAGUCCUCUUCUAGUAAUGGUACUGGUAACCACCAAAUCCCUAUGACUCCGACUUCCACAACGUCAUCCACAAACUCUGACGACUGUGUAAAGAACGGUUCUCCUAACAAUCAGAGCACAGCUUCUGGGGUUGGGUCAUUGUUAAUGUCUUCUCAGCAAAGUGGGAGCACAAGCCCAGCUAACAAUGCACUAAAGUACACAGGGCAAGAUGGGCUGUACUCAGCUGUCAGUUUGGGAUCCCCCUCUGAAGUUGGCGGUUCUGUCCGACAAGAUUCUUGGUGUGCCCUGGCCUUGGCUUGAUAACUGUUGGAAUGUUUUUUUGCUUCAGUAAACCUCCUCCUUGUACUUUUUAAAGCCAAGUCUGCAGAUUUCCAUGAAGACUACUUUAUAAUCCUUAGUGCCUUGGUUUAUGUGGAGAUUUAUGGAGAACAUUGUAAAACAUCUAUGCAAGAGGAUUGAGACCAAUAUCUUUCGAGAUCAUGUUCUAAGAAGCCACUAUUGAAUGAACUUCCUAAACUGGAUGAUGCAUUUACUCCUCAUUAGAAGAAGGCCUUUAUACUCCAUCACACAUGCUGCCUUGUGAAAAGACACUUGACCAUGUUUUACUUUACAGGCUUCCAGUUGGUGAAUCUCACUUUAUUCCCUCAUUUAUCUUAAAUGGCUAAAUCCACUAUUUCAACUUUUCUAAUCAUCUCAAGAAGUUUUUGCUUCUGUCACUCCUGUCCUACUCUAUCCAGUAGAAGGAGAUCACAUUCUAUUUUCUACAAUUCAAGCCUGAUUCUCCUUGUAGCAACAUUAAACACAGCUUUACUUGACUUUGGCAGAUUGUUGAAACCAGAUAUCAUUCACUGGUUGCCAAACUAGGCUAGCUAUGAGAAUGCCAAAUGGUCUUGAGGAUAAAUAGCUGCAUAUCCUCCUGGUUGUUGGGUUGUCUAUUGUGUAUGCACACAUACAAAACUGAACCACAAUAAAAAAAUGUAUUCAUGUGUUUAGGGCUGAUGAGAGUCGUGUGAGCAGGAAUGGUGUUGGGUCGGUUUUCCAUCAGAUUUGGCUUCUCCCAAAUGUAGAUUAUACAUUUUUUUUAGAGAGGAAAGUAGCUUUCAUAAAUAUAAUGAAGAAAGUAGUACAUGUGUUAAUUACACUCUUACUUAAGACUUAUACCCCACUAAACUCAACAUCUGCCAACAUUUGCACCAAGAUUGCCACCAAUCAUGUGGGUCAUCCUUAUUUACUUUCUUCAUCAUUUGUCACAAUUCAUCUCCUCUUUAUUUUCUCACGAAGA